CUGAGGCACAACAUAUGGGAUCUGUGGGGGAACUGAGGCACAGUGUGUGGGGUCAGUGGGGAAACUGAGGCACAGCAUAUGGGAUCUAUGGCAUUGUGUGUAGGAUCUAUGGGGAACUGAGGCACAGAAUAUGGGGUCAGUAGGGAAAUUGAGGCACAACGUAUGGGAACUAUGGGGAAACUGAGGCGUUGUAGGAUCAGUGGGGAAGUGAGGCACAGCAUAUGGGAUCUAUGGGGAAACUGAAGCACAGCGUAUGGGAUCUGUGGGGAAACUGGGGCACAGAACAUGGGAUCUGUGGAGGAACUGGGGCACAGAAUAUGGGGUCAGUGGGAAACAGGCUCAGAAUAUGGGAUUAACGGGGAAACUGAGGCACAGCCUCCAUAAUGGAGAACCCCGUUGUUCCUCCCCCUCGUGCACGGGGUGGGAGCUGAGUUUUGGGGCCGUUCCCACACACCCCACGUGUGUUGUAGGGGUGAAGAAGAAGACGAAGGUCAUCAAGAACAGCAUCAACCCCGUAUGGAACGAGGGUUUCGAGUGGGAUCUGAAGGGCGUUGCUUUGGACCUGGGCUCUGAGCUUUGUGUUGUUGUGAAGGACCAUGAGACCGUGGGGAGGAAUAGGUUUUUGGGAGAAGCUCGAGUUCCCCUACGGGAUGUGCUGUCCUCACCCAGCCUGGCAGCAUCCUAUGAUGUCCCGUUGUUGGAUAACAAGAAGCAGAACACUGGGGCUUCCCUCAUCCUGCAGGUCUCCUACACCCCUCCCCCGGGCGCUGCCCCCCUAUUCCCUCCCCCAGCCCCCCCUGAGGCAGCCCCGGCGGCGGUGGCGGAGCCCGACACGCUCACUGGUAAUGCGGGGGCUGCACGGGGGGACGCGUCCCCCAUAGCCCACCCCACAGCGGCCGGGGACCCGCAGCAACCUCCCUGCCUCCCGCCCCGCGCAGAAGCGGCCACCGAGGAGGAGGGGGAGGACCAGGCGGUGACGGGGGACGAGUUGGAGCCCCCAUCCUCGGGGCCGCCAGGCUCGGAGCCGCCCUCGCUGCCCCACAGACCCCCGGCUCCCCGCGGCCGUGGGGUGAGGCGCAGGAGGAGCUCGCCCAAAAAACCGCUGUCCAACAAACCGCAGGACUUCCAGAUCCGGGUUCAGGUGAUCGAGGCCCGGCAGCUGCCCGGCGUUCACAUCCGCCCCGUGGUGAAGGUGACGGCGGCGGGGCAGACCAAGAGGACCAGGAUACGCAAAGGCAACAGCCCCCGCUUCGACGAGACCUUCUUCUUCAACGUCUUCGAGUCGCCGGCUGAGCUGUUCGACGUGCCCAUCUUCAUCACGGUCCUGGACUCGCGCUCCUUCCGGAUGGACGCGGUGAUCGGGGAGUUUCGGAUGGACGUUGAGAGCAUCUACUCGGAGCCCAAACACGCGAUCCUCAGGCGGUGGCUGCUGCUCUCUGACCCGGAGGACUUCACAGCAGGGGCAAAAGGAUACCUGAAGGUCAGCCUGCUCGUGCUGGGGCCCGGGGACGAAGCUCCUGUGGAGAAGAAGGAGGUCUCUGAAGACAAGGAAGACAUCGAGGGGAACCUCCUGCGUCCCACGGGGGUCACCUUGCGAGGGGCUCAGUUCUGCCUGAAGAUCUUCAAAGCUGAAGAUUUGCCCCAGAUGGACGACGCCGUCAUGGACAACGUCCGGCAGAUCUUUGGCUUUGAGAGCAACAAGAAGAACCUGGUUGACCCCUUUGUGGAAGUCAGCUUCGCGGGGAAGACGCUCUUCUCGAGGAUCCUGGAGAAGAAUGCCAACCCGCAGUGGAACCAGUGCCUGACGCUGCCGGUGAUGUUCCCUUCCAUGUGCGAGAAGAUGAAGAUCCGGGUGACCGACUGGGACCGUCUCACGCACAACGACGUCGUUGGCACCGCCUACCUCUGCAUGUCCAAGAUCUCUGCGCCCGGCGGGGAGCUGGAGGUGGAUGACGGGCUGGGCUUCCUGCCAACCUUUGGCCCGUGCUACAUCAACCUGUAUGGCAGCCCCCGCGAGUUCACCGGCUUCCCCGACCCGUACGAGGCGCUCAAUUUAGGAAAGGGCGAGGGCGUCGCGUACCGCGGCCGGGUGCUGCUGGAGCUGGAGACCAAGCUGGCGGAGCACGGGGAGCUGAAGGUGGAGGACAUCUCUGCAGAUGACAUCCUGCGGGUGGAGAAGCACCUGCGGCGGAGGAAGUACUCCCUCUUUGCUGCCUUCUACUCGGCCACCAUGCUGCAGGACGUGGACGAUGCCAUCCAGUUUGAGGUCAGCAUUGGCAACUAUGGCAACAAGUUUGACAACACCUGCUUGCCCUUGGCCUCCACCACACAGUACAGCCGGGCUGUGUUCGAUGGUUGCCAGUAUUACUACCUGCCCUGGGGCAACGUGAAGCCCGUGGUGGUGCUGUCCUCAUACUGGGAAGACAUCAGCUACCGAACCGACACUCAGAACCUCCUCCAGCAUGCAGCAGACAGGCUGGAAGCCAACCUGGAACGGAUCCACCUUGCGCUCAAGGCCAACGGCGCGCCGGGCGAGCUGCAGUCCCUGGGUGCCCAGCUGAUGGACGACAUCAUUGCAGACUGCAGCGUUCCGCUGCCCGACGUGCUGGGGAAGGUGGCCAGCACACACCUGGACCAGAACCUGUACCGCUUCCGCAGCACCAACAUGGAGCAGGUGAUGCGGGCGGCCCUGAGGCUGAAGCACGAGGAGCUGAGCCUGCCAGCCGUGCUGGAGCAGGCGGAGGACUGGCUGUGCCGGCUGCGUGCCAUGGCUGAGGAGCCGCAGAACAGCCUCCCAGACGUGGUGAUCUGGAUGCUGCGGGGCGAGAAGCGCGUUGCCUACGCCCGCGUGCCGGCCCACGAGGUGCUCUACUCCCGUGGUCACCCCAGCUACUGCGGUAGGAACUGUGGCAAGCUGCAGACCAUCUUCCUGAAGUACCCCCAGGAGGAGGCGAUGGGGCCACGGAUCCCAGCCCAGAUCCGCGUCCAGCUCUGGUUUGGGCUCUCUGUUGACGAGAAGGAGUUCAACCAAUUCGCUGAGGGGAGGCUCUCCGUCUUUGCUGAAACAUACGAGAACCAGACCAAGCUGGCACUGGUGGGGAACUGGGGCACCACCGGCCUGACUUACCCCAAAUAUUCCGAUGUCACCGGCAAGAUCAAGCUCCCCAAGGACAGCUUCAAGCCCUCCACGGGCUGGACCUGGGCUGGUGAUUGGUUCAUCUCCCCGGAGAAAACGAUGCUGCACGAGGCAGACGCGGGGCACCUGAGCUUCGUGGAGGAGGUGUUUGAGAACCAGGUGCGGCUGCCGGGCGGGCAGUGGAUCCACAUGGCCGAUGCCUACACCGAUGUGAAUGGGGAGAAGGUUCUGCCCAAGGAUGAGAUCGAGUGUCCUCCGGGCUGGAAAUGGGAAGACGUGGAGUGGGACACCGACCUCAACAGAGCCGUGGAUGAGAAAGGCUGGGAGUAUGGCAUCACCAUCCCUCCGGACCGCCGGCCCAAGGCCUGGGUGCCAGCUGAGAAGAUGUACCACACCAACCGGCGCCGGCGCUGGGUGCGACUGCGCAGCAGGGACCUGGCACAGAUGGAGACCGUCAGGAAGCACAGGCAGGACGAGCAGGAUGGUGAAGGCUGGGAAUACGCCUCGCUGCUGGGCUGGCGCUUCCACCUGCGGCCCCGUCGCACCGACGCUUUCCGCCGCCGCCGCUGGAGACGCAGGAUGGAGCCCCUGGAGCGCACCGGGGCUGCGGCUGUGUUCGCCUUGGAGGGGGCCCUGGGAGGAGUGACGGACGACAAAAGUGACGAUGGCAAAUCCGUCUCCACGCUGAGUUUCGGUGUCAACAGACCCACCAUCUCCUGCAUCUUCGACUAUGGGAACCGCUACCACCUCCGCUGCUACAUGUACCAGGCACGGGACCUGGCUGCCAUGGACAAGGACAGCUUCUCGGACCCCUAUGCCAUCGUUUCCUUCCUCCACCAAAGCCAGAAGACAGUAGUGAUCAAGAACACCCUGAACCCCACCUGGGACCAGACGCUCAUCUUCUAUGAGAUAGAGAUCUUCGGGGACCCCAAGAACGUGUCUGACUGCCCUCCCAGCAUCGUGGUGGAGAUAUAUGACCACGACACCUAUGGUGCUGACGAGUUCAUGGGGCGCUGUGUGUGCCGGCCCAGCCUGCAGCGCGCACCGCGGCUCUCCUGGCACCCCGUGCUCAAAGGCAGCAGGAACGUCGGCGAGCUGCUGGCUGCCUUCGAGCUCAUCCAGAGGGAAAAGCCAGCUGUCCACCACAUCCCUGGCUUCGAGAACGAGCUGUCCUCCACUCUGGAUGAGUCUGAGGACUCUGACCUGCCCUACCCACCACCCCAACGGGAACCCAACGUCUUCAUGGUCCCCCAAGGGAUCAAACCGGUCCUGCAGCGCACGGCCAUCGAGAUCCUGGCCUGGGGGCUGAGGAACCUCAAGAGCUACCAGCUGGCCAGUGUCACAUCUCCCAGCCUGCUGGUAGAGUGUGGGGGGCAACUUGUGCAGUCCUGUGUCAUCAAGAACGUCAAGAAAAACCCCAACUUCGACGUCUGUGUGCUCUUCAUGGAAGUGCGUCUGCCCAGCGAGAGCCUCUACAGCCCCCCCAUCAUCAUCAAAAUCAUCGACAACCGCCCGUUCGGCCGCAGGCCCGUGGUGGGGCAGUGCACCAUCCGCUCUCUGGAGGAAUUCUACUGUGACCCCUAUGCUGAGGAGGCGGACGGUGCCCAGGAACAUGCAGAUGAUGUAAGCCUCACGCCCAGGGAUGAUGUCCUCAUUGACAUCGAUGACAAAGAGCCUCUCCUUCCCACCCAGCUUGUGGAGGGCAUGACCAGCUCAGCACUAAUUAACCCUCCAGCUUCUCGGUCCGAGCCUCAAGAGGAAGAAUUCAUUGACUGGUGGAGCAAAUUCUACGCUUCCACAGGGGAGAGGGAGAAGUGUGGCUCCUACCUGGAGAAGGGCUUUGACACCCUGCAGGUCUAUGAGACGGAGCUGGAGCGCGUGGAGGCCUUCGAGCAGCUCUCUGACUUCUGCCACACCUUCAGGCUGUACCGAGGCCGGGUGCAGGAUGCCAACGACGAUCCUUCAGUCGUGGGCGAGUUCAAGGGUUCCUUCAAAAUCUACCCCCUGCCUGACGACCCCCGCGUGCCGCUGCCACCUCGACAGUUCCACCAACUGCCAGCCAGGGGUCCCCAGGAAUGUCUUGUCAGGGUCUACAUCAUCCGUGCCUUUGGUCUGCAGCCCAAGGAUGCCAACGGGAAGUGUGAUCCCUAUGUGAAGAUUUCAGUGGGAAAGAAAUCCAUAAAUGACCAAGAAAAUUACCUCCCCUCUACGCUGGAGCCUGUCUUUGGAAAGAUGUUCGAGUUGAGCUGCACUCUGCCCCUGGAGAAGGACCUGAAGGUCACGCUCUAUGACUACGACCUCCUAUCCAAGGAUGAGAAGAUUGGGGAGACCAUCAUUGACCUGGAGAACCGGUUCCUGUCGAAAUAUGGGGCACGCUGUGGGCUUCCCCAGACCUACUGUGUCUCUGGGCCCAACCAGUGGCGAGAUCAGCUCCGUCCCUCCCAGCUGCUCCACCUCUUCUCCCUGCAGCACCACUGCAAGGCUCCCACCUACACGUCCGACCGGCUCAUCUUCAGGGAGCAGGAGUACAUCCUCUCCGAGCUGGAGGAUGGCAAGCCCCACAACCCUCACCUGGGACCAGCAGAGGAGCGGCUGGCCCUGCAUGCACUGCGGAAACAAGGGCUGGUGCCAGAGCACGUGGAGACCCGGCCCCUCUACAGCCCCCUGCAGCCAGAGAUCGAGCAGGGAAAGCUACAGAUGUGGGUGGACCUGUUUCCGAAAUCCUUGGGUCAGCCUGGCCCCCCUUUCAACAUCACACCACGCAAAGCCAAGAGGUUCUACUUGCGCUGCAUCAUCUGGAACACCAAGGAUGUCAUCCUCGAUGACCUCAGCAUCACCGGGGAGAAGAUGAGUGACAUCUAUGUCAAAGGCUGGCUGGUUGGCCACGAGGAGAACAAGCAGAAGACAGAUGUGCACUACAGGUCGAUGGGAGGAGAAGGCAACUUCAACUGGAGAUUCAUCUUCCCCUUCGACUAUCUGCCUGCCGAGCAAAUGUGUUGCAUUGCAAAAAAGGAGCACUUCUGGAGCUUGGACAAGACAGAAAAUAAGAUUGCACCUCAGCUGAUCUUCCAGAUCUGGGACAAUGACAAGUUCUCCUUCGAUGACUAUUUGGGCUCCAUCCAGAUGGAUCUCAACAGGAUGCCCAAGCCUGCCAAGACCGCUGAGAAGUGCUCCUUAGAGCUCAUAGAUGACAGCUUGUCUGCCAGCCGCUUUGUGUCCCUCUUUGAGCAGAAAACUGUCAAGGGCUGGUGGCCCUGCGUUGCAGAGCAGGAUGAGAAGAAGAUCCUGGCAGGAAAACUGGAAAUGACUUUGGAAAUUGUGGCUGAACAUGAGCAUGAAGAGCGGCCAGCUGGAGUGGGUCGGGAUGAGCCAAACAUGAACCCCAAGCUGGAGGACCCCAAGCGCCCAGAGACCUCCUUCCUGUGGUUCACCUCCCCAUACAAGACCCUGAAGUACAUCCUGUGGCGCCGGUACAAGUGGCUGCUCAUCCUGGCCAUCGUGCUCGUCAUUUUGCUGCUCUUCCUUGGCAUCUUCAUCUACGCCUUCCCGAACUACGCUGCUAUGAAGCUGGUGAAACCUUUCAACUGAAUGCCUGGAUUUCAGCAGGACGCUGCAGCCCAGGACGCAGCGACGUGCCUUUCCCCAAAGCAGCGUGCCACCUGCAGCCCUCACCUCAGGAGCAGCGCCUAAACCAAACCUCCUCUGCAGCAGUUCUGAUUUGGCUUCCUUGUCCUCCUUCUGUUUGUCUUAAUUUUUGGUCAGUGCUCGGAUGCAAAGCUGGAGAGGGUUGGGGAGAAAAGGACCUUUUUGUGGGCUGUCCAAGGCGGUGCUCAUGGAGGAGUGAUGGCUGCAAGGCAGCCACAAUCUCUCAGGUCCUGAGCAGGUUUUUCUUGGCACCUUGCAGCAGCCUCCCUUUGCCUCUGCCGUGCGAUGUGCAUUCAUGCAUUCCUGCUUUUGGAACCUGUUCUCCCUCCUCUGCACUCCCACGUGCCCCACUGCCUUCCCAGCCAACGCUGCUGCAGCAGCAGAGGGCACGGAGCAGCCCAGAAGCAAUGCAGUGCAAUGGGGGCUUUGCUUCUCUCUUCCUGCUGUGCGCAACCCCUGCAGCUCUGUGGCUGAUUGGUUUUCUCCUUUUGCUGAAGCCAAGCAGUGCAGCACCAGAGCGCAGUGCACGCUGCUGCUGGGUGCUACAGGGCAGACCUUCAGAAGCACAGCUGUUUGCUUUGUGCUUUGCAAGAAGGGCAUGAUUAGUGCACAUCAUGCAGGUUUUGCACAGCCCAGAAGGUGUGAAUGGUGUUGCUGGGACAUUGCUGCUUUCUGCUCCUCCUGCCCGUGCUGCAAUCACUGAUGUGCACUGAGAGGGGGUUCUGCUGCUGCUCAGUGUGACACGUGGGAGCAGACAGCAGAACAAGGUGAUCCCAGAGGAUUUGUUUCUCAGGACAAACUGUGCUGGCGUUGGCUCCAGCGAGGCACUUAAGCCUGUUCUUAGCAGCAGAUGGGGGGGAAAAGCACGUGGCUAAUUGCUUUGCUGGCGGGGAUGUAAUGCAAAUCCUGUGCUGCUCAGUACUGUGACAGUGCCUGGAUCGCACAGGGCAGCUCUGCCACGUGUGAGCACAACACUUCAGACACAGAGAAUGUAUCCCAAAGCAGCUGGCACUCAGGUGUGGAGGUUCCCCACCCCAGGAACCAUUUUGCCAGCAAAACGCUUCAUGUUUACCCAUGUUCACCUUUUUUCUGGAUCUCGUUCCCACCCGUGCUCCUGUUCAUUACCUAGUGCUGACCUACCAACUGUUGGCCCAAGAUUUGGGGAUGCUGCUUCCCCUGAGGAACAGGCGAGCUGAAGGGGAAUGUUGGCUUUGCAGCUUCCUGGGUGAGUUACAGCUUGGCCAAGUGGUGCUGCUGUGGUUGGUCCUCCUCCACUGCAACCCGGCUCGCCUCGCUGCCUUCCCACAUGCCUUGCUGUGCCGUGGGAAGCCAGGCCCCUUUCCUCAUUUCUUGCCCCAGUUUGCACAUUUGGUGAAGUUUCCCAUCUCAGUGACCCCCUCCUGUUUAAGAAAUGGGAUCUCAGUGCUGAGCCCCAAGGAGAUGAGCAGCCCAGAGCAGUGCUCCCGUCCAGCCGUGGAUGGUUCUCAUCCAUCCAUCCUGUUGCUCCGACCAGAGAUGAGCAACCCUACCAAAAUAAUUCCACCCGUCACUUCUCCAGAGCCUCUGCCAUCACAAAACCCUAUUUAAUUCCCUAAUGCUUUCCAGCAGCUCUUCCCUGGCAAACCAGAGUGGGUUAACAGUGAUGGAAGGGGAAAAGGCAGCAUCCCUACAUCCAGUCCUCUUCUUCCCAAUCCGGGCUGCAGAGCUUUGUUUCAUCCGGGGGCUGUGGUGGGCAAUGACAGUUCUGAGCAUCUGCAAACAUCAGCCUGGUCUCGUUACCAAAGCCAGCCAAGAGGCCGGACCCAAGUAAAGCCUUCUGCUCUCUAUGCCUUAUAUACAGAGAUAAUUAUAUAUAUAUCACUGUGGUUUACAAAUGAAAUAGCUCUGAAACCUUC